CCUACCGACGAGUUGCUGCAGUCUCGUCUCACUCAGUCGUACUUGAGUAAACUACAUAUUAGCGGACACACAGAACGGAGCUCGGCGAGCGGAUAAACGGCAUGCUUCUUUACAGGGACAGUCAGCCUAUCUUGUAACUAUAUAUAGGGGACAAAACCAGAGUUAGAGUAAUUACCUUGAUUUACACAAACGUUACGCAAAGGUAGCGGUAACUCAGUAGUGCAUUGUGUACUGAAGAGAGCUAGGCGGGAAUGGCUUCAUCUCCUUGCGGCAGUGGUAACUUUGAUUCCGGACUGGAAAUCAAAACUCGGUCAGUGGAACAAACACUUAUUCCAUUGGUCUCGCAGAGAACAUCCAACCAAACAAUUGAUUGUGUCAGACUGCCUCCUGACAUCACCACGUUGAUCAACCACAAAGACAAGCCCAAGAAGUCGGAACGGACCCAGCGGGCCGUGCAAAGGGUGGGCCAGGCCGUCAGCGUUGCCGUGGGACGGUUCGUCGCCGUGGGAGAGGCCAUCGCAGCGGAGAACGAGGAGCUGAAGGAGGAGAUGGGCGUGGCCUGCUUUGAGGCCCGCAGAGCAGGUGACGCUAUUGCCCAGCUGACGGACGUUGGCACUGCGGUGGCACCCCCGGCGGAUGGACGCACCACGGUGUUCAGCGACAGGACCGGCAUGGUUAAGGCCGCCCGCAUGCUUCUGUCCUCCGUCACCAGGGUCCUGGUCCUCGCCGACCGCAUCGUCGUCAAACAGAUUAUCGCCUCACGCAACAAGGUCCUGGUGACAUUGGAGCAGCUGGAGAGUGUGUGCACCUUCCAGGAGUUUGUCCAGAUCUUCAGCCAGUUCGGGAAUGAGAUGGUGGAGUUUGCCCACCUGACCGGGGACAGGCAGAAUGACCUGAAGGAUGAGAAGAAGAAGGCCAGGAUGGCGGCAUCCAGGGCGGUGCUGGAGAAAUGCACCAUGAUGCUGCUUACUGCUUCCAAGACAUGCCUCAGACAUCCAGACUGCGAGUCGGCGCGCAUCAACAAAGACGCUGUUUUUCACCGCAUGCGUUUUGCCCUGGAGCAAGUCAUCGAGAUUGUGACAGAUGCCCGUCCCUGCGGUGAGACCAAGGCCCUGCCCAUCAGCAUCUACUGCGCAACCCAGGACUUUAAGUCCAAGGUGGAGGGCCUGCGCGAAGGCUUGUACUCGCUUCCCCACCAGGCUCUGUCCGGCCAGCUGGAGGCCGUGGUGGAGAGGACGGAGGACUUCACCGACUCGGCCUACACCAGCCACGAACACCGCGAGGGCAUCCUGCACCUCUGCCAGAUCGCGCGGCAGGACACCGACCGGCUCAUUGCAGCCUGGGGGGACGCGCAGUCUCUCCAUGCCAAAGAAGCCACGGAGGAGAUGGAGCUGUCUAUACUGAAGACCUGCCAAAGUGUCUGCGAACUCCGCAGGGAGCUCCACAAGGUGGCGGUGGGGCGCGCGGCGGACCUGCUGAAGCUCUACUCCGAACACCUGCCUCUGCGAGCCCUGAAGGCCUCAGGGGGCGAGGGCAACCUCGAGGCCGUUGCCGAGUACGCCCGCACGCUCAGCGAACAGAAGGAGCAGCUGGUGGAGACAUGCCGUCUGCUGUGUCACGUCUCUGGGACUGAGCCCCUGGAGAUCACCUGUGUACACGCUGAGGAGACCUUCCAUGUCAUCGGCCCACAGAUCAUCUCAGCGGCCCAGACUUUGGCUCUGCAUCCAUCCAGUAAGAUCGCCAAGGAGAACCUGGACGUGUUCUGUGAGGCCUGGGAGUCCCAGCUCUGCGACAUGGCUGUCCUGCUCAAGGAGAUCAACGAGGUGUUCGAGGGCCGUCGAGGUGAUAAGAGGGCCUAUCUGUCUCUUCCCAGACCAGGAAAACACUCAGCCAACCUGAAGACAGUGAAGGCUGUCAAACUGGAUGCAGAGGAGCAGAGCACCAUAUCGAAGCUUGGCCUGGAGCUACAGCGGCUGACUUCAGAUGUGGACACUGAGGUGGAGAAGUGGGACGACCAGGAACAGGACAUCGUCCGCCAGGGCCAGAGCCUGUCCAGCAUGGCCUACUCCAUGUACCUCUUCACCAGAGGGGAGGGCCUACUGAAGACAACCAUGGACCUCUUUCACCAGGCUGAGGUGCUUUCUGAGGAGGGCCUCCAGCUGUGUUCUUCACUGCACACUUUUUCCGCCCAGCUGGUGGAUGAAGAGAAGGUGACAGUGUUGUCGGAGAUGGAGAAGCUGGUAGCCUUAUGCCAGCAGCUGCAGAUGGGCGUGAGGACACCAGUACAGGGAAAGACUGCCACCUUCCAGAAGGUGGAGUUGUCCAUUCAGAACACCAGAGCCAUCAUGACUGUGGUCAUCAACCUCCUUCCAGUUUGUCAUAAGCUGUUCAGAAAGUCGGAGAAGUGCGGAGUGGCCUCCCCCCGUGGCUGGAUGGAGAGGCAGUUGUCCGUGCCCGUCAAAGACAACGCCCUCAACAACAACGGUUUUGGGGUCAAGUCCCUGGAGCGUCAUAUGGCUAACCUCACGUUCCUGGAGAGCAAGUAGUCCAGUCCAGCGACCUUUGGCCCCAUCCGAUGCCACCUACCAGAGCCGGAGCUUGUUCCAUUGUCCACCACCAGGGGGCAAUGGGCACAAAGUCUUGUCGGUGCACGGCAGUCGUGGCAGUGCGCCCAUCCAGAUCACCAACACCCUUGCCGUCGGUUUAAUCAGCCCAUUUGCUUUGUGGUGUAACUGUAUCCUGUAGCACAUCUCAGCCAAAUACAGCACAUGUAAGCGAAUAAAAAUAAAUAAAAAAUAAAUGCUGCAAUUAAAUUCAUGGCCAGUGCAUGAGGCCCUCAGCUGUCAGUCUGUUGAGCUAUCCAAUGUUACUCCAAUAUACACCAGCCAAAUCCUAUCAGUUUGGCAACUAUUGAGUGAAAUAAUGCAAUGUCACCAACACGCCAAAUAAGGGAGUACAGGGAUGGUUCAAUCACCGUUUAAUGACAAUUGGCUUGCUAAAAUACUGAAACGUAAGGCUCUUAUUAUUGCUCCACAUCAGUAGAGGCAACUCAAUCUGACCGACUGUCUACCGUCUGUAGAGUACAGAAUAAUUUGUAUUGUAUGAACAUCCUAACAGACCAUUGGCCUAGCAUGAGAGUCAAAUCAAGUGAACCAUUGUUUUGAAGUUGUUCUUCAUGAAGUGGACUAAGAGUGAGAUUCAAAUGGCCAAUUCCCUAUACGGGGCACUAUUUUUCCCAAGCGGCUCAAAAUGCAUUAGGUCAGAAGUAUCAGACUAUAUAGGGAAUAAAGUGCCCUUUGAGGUGGAGCCUAUAAUUGCCUUGUGGGCUUUUGUGUUACUGUGUAUUACGGUGUUACUUGAAGCAUUAAUGUCUAUGCUCACAGAGGUUAGGAUUUUGGUACUACUAAACACGAAUGAUUAGUGUGGUGACUGAACCACCAAUAUAAAGCUUUAGAGAUGAUUAUUGAGGACAGCCACAGAAGUGAAGAAAUAGAUCUAGUUUUGGACCAUCUAUCUUUCCUUGUGACAUUUGAAUGAUUGAUAAACAACACAAAUCUAAAUAAACAUUAUUUUUCUUAA